AUGUACUUGAAAGUAUUUGCUAUAUUAUUUCUAUUGGUACCACUUUACGGUGACCAAAACGAUUCAACUGUCAACUAUUAUGUGAACUUAAUCAGCAACACUACUCAAAAUGCUCUCACGUACCAAUGGCCUACAAAUGCUUACGAGUACUAUUCAAAUGAAAAACCCAAAAAAUACGGACGCUACGACUUUGUGGUGAUUGGAGCCGGUGCUGGUGGUUCCGUAGCUGCUAGUCGUCUAUCAGAAAUUGAAAGCUGGAACGUGUUAGUACUGGAAGCUGGCGACUAUGGAGACAAUGCCACUGAUGUUCCUGGCCUGUACAGUCCCAUUGGAUACACUGAUUACAACUGGGCUUACAACGGAACACCACAGACAACAUGCUGUUUAGGUGCUCGAAAUCACAUUUGUCUGUAUCCCCGAGGCAAAGGCGUUGGUGGUACCACUUUAAUUAACGGUUUAGUUUACGCUCGAGGCUUCAAGUCCGACUUCGACCAAUGGGGAAAAUUUGCCAACGAUAAGCGAUGGGGGUACGACUCGGUACUACACUAUUUCAAAAAAUCCGAGAAUUUUGUUCACAACGAUAAACAAGCACCCUAUGAUCCUUCGUAUCAUGGAAUCGGAGGCUAUCUACGUGUAGAGUACCACCAACCAAACAGUCCACAACUGAAUGCUUUUUUGAAAGCUAACGAAGAACUGGGUUUCGAUAUUGCGGACUAUAAUGCCAAUAAGCUGGGGGCGUCACAGACGCAAAUCAACACAAUCAGUGGGAGAAGACUAGAUGGUGCCAAAGCUUUCCUUCGCCCGGUACGACAAAGAAAAAAUCUGAAGAUUUUAACGCAUAGUUACGUUACGAAAAUAUUGACAGAUAAAGGGGUCGCUAGAGAGGUCGAGUUUAGUCACAAGGGUAAAAAUUAUUUCAUUGAAGUAGAGAAAGAAGUGGUCCUUGCAGCCGGUGCUAUUGGUAGUUCACAAAUAUUAAUGUGGUCGGGGAUUGGCCCUAGAAAACAUUUAGAAGAUUUAAAGAUUGAUGUGGUUGCUAAUUUGGAAGUCGGUACUGUUCUCAGAGAUAGCAGUCUCUUCUAUGGAAUUACGGUUCACACUAACUACACCGAACCGGUACGACCUUUAAGAGAUUACGUUGAAGACUAUUUGAACGAUGUGGGCCCUUUCGCGAUUGCUAAUAAUAAUGCAGGAAUAGGUUUCUACGAAUCUAGCUACACGAAAGGUACUGGUACACCUGAUAUAGAGCUAGAGUUUGUUGCGGCAAAUGCCACAAACUCACUUUCGGCGAAAAGUUUUGGGCUGACUGAAGAAACGUACGAAGAUUUGUGGAAGAACGUCAACAUACCUCAGUCGUUUAUUGUUUAUAUUGUCAGCUUACACGACGUAUCCAAGGGUACUAUCAGAUUGAAGAGUAAAAAUCCGUACGAAUAUCCUGUGAUCGAUUCAAAUCUUCUGUCGGAUUCUGCCAACAAGGAUAUAAAGAUCCUUUAUGAAGGGGUUCAACUGGUUCUGAAAUUGCUCAAGACGAACGCUUUUCGAGCGAUGAACGCUACUUUACAAGGAAGGCCUUUAAGAGCUUGUAGAAAGCAUGAGUACCUUUCUGAAGGCUACUGGUACUGCGCUAUACGACAAGUGUCUUCCAGCUUGUACCAUCAGCUGGGAACCUGUCCCAUGGGAACCGAUCCCAAAAAAGGGGCUGUUGUAGAUUCAGAGUUGAAAGUGUUUGGUUUCAGAAAUCUGAGAAUCGCGGAUGCUAGUGUUCUUCCGUUACCUUUGGCAGGUCAUCCGAAUGCAGUUACUGUUAUGGUCGGAGAGCAGCUGGGGGAUCUAGUUAAGCUCACUUAUAACGAAAAAUAA